CCUUAGACUUCUUUUUAAGAGCACGCUUUGUAAGAUCUUGCCUCUCUACUUAAGAAAACGCUACAAAUUACGUUACGUAAUUACAUUUUUAAUAAAAAUGCAGGCGUUGGAAAAUCCUUCAUCACCAUCAGGAUCUGAAUCGGACCUAGAUGUCCGCAGAGGAUGUCUUACUCAGGAGAAAGCAAAAAUAGAAAAAUUGGAAAACGACGUGGCCCAGUUUCGGCGUGAUCUUAAACCAGCUCUCGAACAGGUGCGUGAAGCCGAGGCAAAUGUAAUUGGACGAAGGGAAUAUAUAAAACACAAAAAAGCUCUGAAUAAUUGCUUUAAGAGAGCAAUGAAAUCGCCUGAUGACGUACCACGCGUUAAAUGGGGUCGAAUGGAUGAAUGGAGACGCGAGGCUGUCCUUAAGUUAGUCACGUUAAAAACAACGCCAUCUCGAUCACCCUCGGCUAUCAGGGAAACGGAGAAUGUCCCAAAUAUUCUCGAUCACAUUGCGGAGAAUAGAUUGAACGUCAUCCCGUUCCGGCUAGAAAAUGUAGAGGAGGUUCCACUUCAGUUACAAAUAUUUACUAGAAGAGGAAAUAACCUUUAGACACCGGGUACUUUAGAAUAACCGGGCAGGUCCGGGUAUCCGAAAAAAGGCCGACUACAUAUUUUUACUUAUGUAUGACUCCGAAUAUUUGUACCGUUAAUAAAAAACCGAGUUAUAAAAUGCA